AUGUCCAGCAACUCCUACACACAAGAUGAUCCCCGGAUCCGUCCGAUCCCUCCCUCACGAUACCCGUGGACACCCUUAUCUCCCUCCAGCACUGCUGACGAUGUCGUCAAAGUGUCAUUGAUACUCACCUCGACCGUCAUCGCACCGACGAAUAUGUUGACUUCGUUUGAUACGGGUGAAGAAAAGACUGAAUUGCCCUGCCAUGCGGUGUUGGUUGAGAAAGGAGAUGAAGCGAUGCUCUUUGAUCUGGGUCUAAGAGAGGACCCUGAGAACUUUCCAGAACCGAUGCAUCACACGCUCCUCAAGAUCAUGGGAACUCGAUCGGCACCCGGGCCUAUCAAGACGUUGCAAAGGGAGAAGUACAACUUGGAUAGAUUGAAAAGCGUCAUUAUCAGUCAUAAACACUUUGAUCGUCCAGACUCGUUGAAGUCCAUUGGUCCGGGAUAUCCGAAAGAUUCCAAAGGACAAUGGCAUUCAGAAUGGUUUGACAAAUAUCGAUUUGUCGAAUUGCCUAGUACGGAUGACAAGGGUGAAUGGCCAGGUGAAAUCUCUACGGUCAUCCCAAGUAGUGGACAGAGGAAGUGGGAAAGUAUAGGAUGCUUUGAUAAUGGAUUGGAUUGGUUCGGAGAUGGUAGUUUCUGGUUGAUCGAUGCUCCAGGUCACUGCGCGGGUCACAUAAUGGCCCUAUGUCGAGUCACUGCUCAGCCUGAUACUUACGUUCUAUUAGCAGGCGAUGCAGCCCAUCAUCAAAACAUGUAUCUUCCCAUCCCGACCCCUGAGGCCGAUCUUAGAUCUCCUAAACCGGUCAUUGAUGGUAAAGUAGCAUUCGCCGAAGAUCCAGUACAGGCUACAUAUGUGGUCGGUCAAUUGACACGGAUGAGUAUGGAAGAUAACGUGAUGGUCCUUCUGGCCCAUGAGAAAGAAGCGAUGGGAGUAGUUGAUUACUUUCCGGAGGAUAUAUGUGAGUGGAAGGAGAAGGGAUGGAAGGAGGAAAAGCAAAAGAAAGUACUCAAAGAUGCGAUCAAAAGGGCGCAGAUUUGA